AUGAUGCUUAGUAAUGCACAAAAUUCCACGUUGGAUGAUAUUAAUCGGUUAGAUGUAGAACCUGGACGUUGUGUCGAUUUAAUUGUAUUAGGAAUUAAUUAUCGAAGCACAGAAGAUGCUGUUAGGAACUAUUUUGCUCAAUUUGGCGAAUUAGUAUUUACUGAGAUAAAACGUGAUAGUAAUGGAAAAUCACGUGGUUUUGGUUUUAUUCGUUUCAAAAAUUUAGAUUCACAACUGAUGGUGUUAAAUAAACGACAUCAUAUUGAUGGAAGAACGUGUGAUGUGAAAAUCCCCGAUUCAAAAAAUCCUGCACAUGAACCAGAAUGUGCUAGAAAAGUAUUUGUUGCACGAUUACCAGAAAUAAUUAGUGCAGAUGAUUUAAAUAAUUAUUUUCAAAAUUAUGGUGACGUAUGUGAUGUUUACAUCCCGAAGCCUAAUCGUAGCUUCGCUUUUGUCACAUUUACUGACUCAUCCAUUGUUCCAACAUUGUAUGGUGAUCAUUUUAUUAAUGGAUGUAGUGUAAGUGUUGGACCAGCCGCACCAAAAUCGAAACAAAAUGACAAACAAUUUAAACGUUCUCAUCAAACUUCACCAACACAAAAUUUUCAUCUUUUUCCACAAAUGAACAUGUAUGAAACAAAUAAUUCAUAUCAUGAUAAUAGAUCACAAACUGAUUUAUUAUCAAACAUGUUUAAUCCAGAAACAGUGCAAGCAUUUUUAAACCAAUUUUCUCAUCAAUCAACGCAUCCAGAAUAUGAUUGGCCAUUAGAUCAAUCACCUUAUAAUAGACAUUCAAAUAAUUAUGAGCCCAGUGAACAUUGGAAUCAACAAAAUUUUUAUCGUUAA